CGGCAUCAUCAAUUCUUCAUCCAAAGCAGCCUACAACAUCUACCAUUGCGACACAAAAAGCUCAUUAUACAGGUGGUACGCUCUUACUCGACAAAUCACAGCCCCAUACUCAUCUUUAUAUAUCUUUUGAAGGACUUUCAAUUCAUGACCCUGAUAUAUAUGCUCUUGCUACACUCCAAAUGUUACUUGGUGGAGGAGGGUCGUUUUCAGCUGGUGGUCCAGGAAAAGGGAUGUAUACACGCUUGUUUACUAACGUUCUCAAUCAAUAUUCAUGGGUAGAAUCUUGUAUGUGUUUCAAUCAUUGUUACACCGAUUCAGGACUUUUUGGUAUUAUGGCAUCAUGUCGUCCUGAAUACAACCGCGUCUUGGUAGAUGUAAUUGCCAAGCAAUUCGAAUCAGUGACAAGUUAUGGACGUGAAGGAGUAACUCAAAUGGAACUUGCACGUGCAAAGAAUCAAUUAAAAAGUAGUUUACUAAUGAAUUUGGAAUCCAGGAUGGUUCAGUUAGAGGAUCUGGGCAGACAGGUUCAAGUUCAUGGUUAUAAAAUUCCAGUGGAGGUGAUGUGUAAAAAGAUCGAUGAUGUUACAUUGGAAGACCUUGUGAGAGUUGCAGGGAAAAUUGUUAGAGGUCAUGUAGUCAACGAAGGGAAGGGCACCGGACAAGUGACGGUAGUUGCACAAGGAAAUUUGAAUGGAUUACCAGAUGUAGUUAAAAUUUGUGAACGAUAUGGUCUAG